CAAGGUUGUAGUCCGAGGAUAUUGGGGUGGAGAAGAAACAGCAUGGAUGGGAUCUUAGAUCAAUUCAGGCUUUUGCGUUCCUCUGAUAUAAGGUGUGGACUAUCUCCUCUGGAAUCCGAGCGCCAUCUUCUUGACAGCUCCAUGCUACUCCCUUGUGACAAACAAGAAGGCCAAGAAUCCUCAACAAAAUUUCAUGAAAAGGAUGAUCUUGCUGCUCGGGAAUGUCGGAUGCAACCAAGCACUUUCAACAAUGAUCAUACAGGAGACGCCAAGCAUCCAAUAUCAAGCAAGGAUCGAGAAGAACUAGAAUUACUGCGUCAUAUUAGUGCAGAACAGGACAAGAGGAUUCUGAGGUUGGAGGAAGAAUUCCGUAGACUUAAAGCACAAGGAGAAUCUCAUCUGCUAUCAAUAGAUUUAGGUAAAGAUGAAGUUAAGCCAUUUGAUGAUAAUUAUAGAACUAUACACAAGCAGGCUAGCAGGAGCAACCAACAUGUAGAGCUGCGUGAUACUGAAUUUUCUGCCCAGAACAUCUUGUAUGUGCAAGAAGAACUUGGUGCUGCUUCUGUAUUUUCGGAUGGCAAUUGCUCCAAUGAAAAAACAAUGAAGAAAAUAGUUGCAAGGCGUUCAUUCAAUAGUUCUAUUCAAACCAAGCGUAAAGAACUAGGUUCUUCUUACUCUGGGCUCAGUGCAGGAGGUAAGCUUGAAGUGAGCAAAAGCAUGAAAGCUCAAGCAGCGAAGUCACCUCAAAGGAUGGCGCCACUUUCAGAAGGAGAGCAUGCCUCCAUUGAGAAGGAAGUGAAGAAAACGGUGGAGCAUCAGCCAUCGAACCGACUGUCUUCUCCUUUCAUUCGAGACAAGCAGAAAGAAUCAGCUAAAGAUCAAUCUGGAACCAGUGCAAGAAGUAAGCCUAUUGCGAACCGUAGCAAGACAACUCUCAGGAGUGGAAUCACCUCCCGCGGCAGUGCCCAUGAAGAUCCUUGAGCACUUGAGAUGCUUUUUCCUGAAAAUUUUGGUUGUUUUGUUAACUGUGAUAUUAUGAUUGGUGUAGAAGCUAAGGAUCUUGAAUGCGGCAAGAAGAUGAGAGACGUAGGAGAAGAGCUAGGCCAGGAAACAAAAACUAAAAUCUUAUUCAUUACAACAGUAGAGUACAAGCUAUAUAUAGACAAGAGUAGGGCUACUAUCAUGUAUACAAGUAUACUUA